AAAUCCACCAGGAUGCAGAGCCCACGUUGCCAACAGCGUCCUUAAAGGAUUAACCCUUCCUUCACCCCCCGCACCCCAAAAAACUCCCAUCAGGAAUGAAUUUAAGCUCCCCUCCCAUCCAAACCAUUUUAUUCUGGGAUUCCACGAUCUGGGAUUUUGAAGGGAGGUGGAGCCUGGCCUUGCCGUGGUCCUGUCCCAUCAUUCCGAGGAUCCCUGUGGGAAGCAGGAGGAGGAGCACCUUGUUCCCUGGGCAUGAUAUCCCUGGCAUGUUCCCCCAGGGAAGAGCAGCCCCUUCCCACAGGAGCAGCCGUGAGGGGCUGCAGGUGUUGGGGCCACUUCAUGAGGAAAACCAUCUGAAAAAUCAGAUUUUUCCCUCAAAAUUCAGCUUUUGAGUUCCCACACGCUCAGAACCAUGGAAUAUUCCGAACUGGAAAGGACUCACAGGGGUCAUCGAGCCCAAGCCUUCAGGAAUGGCCCCCACAGGGAUCAAGGUCCUGUUGCACGAGGCCAACUCUCCAGGCAGCUCUCCAGGCACUGCAGCCUUCCAGGAAGCUCCUGGCUCAGCCUGCCUGUUCCUGAGCCUUUGGAACCGGAGCAGAGCCCCAAAAAACCCAUGUCCUCUUCCGAGCCCAUCCUGGACCUCAAGGGAGACACGGCAGAAGCACUUCCAGAGAACCCGGCAGGAGCAGGGGAACAGAGCCCCUGCCCACCUAGGGACCCUCCAGGGCAUGGACAAUCCAUGGAACACCCGGAACCAACGCCAGCAGCCCCCGAGGACGCCGCGGAGCCGAAGGAAAGCCCCGGGACGAGGCAGGACCCGGCGGACUCCGGCGGUGGGAACGCUGCAGGAACCCCCGGCCCUGCCGAGCCCUUCCCGGCUCCACCCACGGACGAGCCCGUCCCGGGCAGAGACGCUCAGUCAGAGGCGAAGGAUCCCAGCCCCACCAACUCCCUGCCGUGGCCAGAAGCUCCCGAGGAAUUCCCAGCCCGCCCCAACACCCUGGACUUCUCCAAAUCCCUGAAAAAGAUGGAGGAGGUGAAGCAGGAGGGGCAGCGGCGGGGCAGUGACCACACAGCGGUCAAGGAGAACGGCGUGGAGGUCACUCCGGCCACCACCACGGCCACCAGCGAGGAGCGCCGGGCGCUGCAGUCCGAGCUGGGCAAGUGCAUCGAGGAAUUCCGCAGGAUCAAGAUCCCGGUCGCCUUUCCCAACAAAAAACGGCAGUGGCAGAGCGAGCUGCUGAAGAAGUACCAGCUGUGAGAGGAGAUCCCGUUCCCAUCCUAGGGAAUGGCGCUCUCCAGGCUGUUGGGUGUCUCCAGCGCUGUGCCAGUGGCAGCACAGGUUGUCCAUGCUCCCAAAGUGAGGAGCGGAGGUGGCUCAUGAAGCCCAUCCAGGUGUUGGAAGGGUCACAAGCCUGUUCCCACCACGGUCAUCGAGGGGAUGCCCCAUGUCCUCAGUGGCACAGGCACAGCUGGAGGGGGUAGGACAAGGAAUGACAUCCAGGGGGAUGUUCAGGGCCCGCAGAAAUUCCCACAUUUCUGAGACCGAACUUUCCUGGCGCUUCAAACAAUAAAAUCGAGUCGGUGUCCGAAAUGA